UGGGCUUGUUAAAUGUGAGUCAGGCUGGCGGUUGUUUAUUAGCCCUUUAGCCAUACCCUAGGAAGGAAUGUCAUUAUUAGCCUAUAGUACAUUCCCCAACACUUCAACAACGCCCUUACUGAAAAUGACAAGUACCCGCAGAGAGCUGGCUGAAUUGCGUUGUGUGCCGUCCUACUCUGAGUUGUUGUAUCAGUAGGUAAACAAGACUGCUGUCAGAUUCAAACUUAGCUAAUUUAGUCAUUACCUUUUCAUAUCAUAACUAUGCUGAGCACGUUUGAAACUGUUGUCCGGCAGUUGAGGAACUUAUCCUCGGUGUUCGACAUCACUAGUGGGAUUUGCUUAGUGAUCCUAACAUCGGCUAGCCUGUGCAUAAUCACGAGUGUCCUCGAUGUCCCUGUCCUCUCCUUGGGUGCCGACUCCAGCGUCUUCACAAGUGGUCAUGUGCACAAGCUGCUGAGCUACCCCUUCAUGCACUGUGACGUGCUGCACCUGCUGGCUAGCGCGGCGGUGUUGGUGGUGUGCGGCAGCGCGGUGGAGAAGGGCUACGGGACCGUGCGCUUCCUCGUCCUCUUCCUCUUCCUCUCCACCGCCACAGGCCUGCUCUUCGCCCUCCUGGCUCUGGUGCUCUUUCCAGAACCCUCCGAGGCGCGCGUGGCGAUGGGUCUCGUGCCCGCAGCCCUGUCCCUGCUGGGCAUGGUCACCAUCGGCUCCCGUCUCAAGAAGGCCUUCUUCUUCGGCGUCAGCGUUCCCACGGCAACCCUGCCCUUGAUCGUCCUGCUGGCGGUCACCCUGGUGAUCCCUGGCAUGGUGCUGCUGUGUAACGCCGUCGCCAUCGCCGUAGGAGUCAUCUCAGAUGGGAAGGGCUGGCUCUCCCUGCUGGAGAUGUCCGAGUCCCGGGCCUCGCUGCUGGAGAAGAAGACGCCCCUCAGGCUGCUGAAGAGGAUCAUGGGAGUGCGAUUCAUUCCCGCAUCUGCGGAGGAGAGGAAAGAGAUUCUGCACCCACGGUGUACCCCUCCUCCUGGCUCCUACCCCGUUCAGGCGUAUGCCCCCGCCUCCGCUGCGUUCUCCACCAAUCAGGGCUGGUCCCACUCCACCUACACCCAGUACCCCGCCCCCUUCCCUGGCACACACACAGCACCAUACGGCCUCAGCCAGGCACCCGGGCACGGCUCUGCAGGAGAAGGGCACGGGCACAGUCAUCAAGGGCACGGACACAGCCAUGACGGCCACGGACACAGUCAUGAAGGUCAUGGGCAUAGUCAUCAAGGUCAUGGGCAUAGUCAUCAAGGUCAUGGGCACAGUCCUGAAGGUCAUGGAUAUGUCCAUGGCCAGUAUGGCCAGUACGCAGGACAGCCUGUGUUUAGUCAGUUUGGCCAUAGCUUGGGAUCAGCUGCGUAUAGUCAGUUUGGGCCCAGCCCAUUUUAUGUAGCUGGUGGUGCCUACCCAGCGGCGAGGGCAUGGAUGCCACCCAGUGCCCCCAUGCCACCACACCCCGGCUCUGCCCCCACUCUGCCGCAGAGUCCAGAACCUCUGAAGGAGAACUAGGCACUGAACAUUCCAGAACACCCUGGCCUUGAGAAUGAACAUUCUGGAACACCAUCUAGAGGCACGGAACAUUCUAGAACACCCUGGCCAUGAGAAUGAACAUUCUGGAACACCCUGGCCUUGAGAAUGAACAUUCUAGAACACCAUCUAGAGGCACGGAACAUUCUAGAACACCCUGGCCAUGAGAAUGAAUAUUCUGGAACACCAUCUAGAGGCACUGAACAUUCUAAAACACCCUGGCCAUGAGAAUGAACAUUCUGGAACACCAUCUAGAGGCACAGAACAUUCUAGAACACCCUGGCCAUGAGAAUGAACAUUCUAGAACACUCUCUAGAGGUAGGGGUCUGAAGGUUCUAAAGCACUACAAUCAAAAGACUAUUGCACUGAGAAGGUGACUGGAGUGUGACUCUUUCUGCCACUAGAGGAGCACAUUUGAACGUCCAAUUUCUUACAUAUUUUUGCUGUUUCGCUUUCCUACAUUAUAAAUAAAUGAAUUGUCAUUAUUAAGAACUGUUGUAUUUU